UAUAAAUGAUAAUGUUUCAACAGUAAAAGUAGUUAUGGUAAUAAAAAUUCUAGAACAAAGAACUAUAUAAGAAAAACUCGACAACGCUGAUAAUUAUAUACUUCAAAUUCUACUGAAUAAGUGAAAUCUGGAAAAUAUAGAAUAUUUUCUAUUUUUAAAAAUCAGCCAUGGAAAUUCAUUUAAAAAUCAUUGCGUUUGUCGUAUUUUUACAAGCACAUGAUGUCUAUGGCAUCUAUGGUGGGGACCGAGCUGUUUUAGGUCAGUUCAAACAUAGUGCUGUCCUGUGGUGCAACGACAUAAUCUGUUGCGGCGGAGGUUUAAUAGAUUUGAGUCAUGUUCUUACUGCCGCACACUGUGUCGCCGAUCUCACAGAAGAUGAUCUAGUAGUAAUGGUUGGACAAGUUAACGUGCGGUUAGUUAUGGGUCAAUAUCUGUCGGCGGUGUCGAAAAUAAUUGUUCAUCCCGAGUACCAUCUUUGGUUGAAUGAUAUUGCUGUUUUAAAACUGCGGGAUACUUUCAUCCAAGAUGACAGAGUCGCACCGAUUGGAAUACCAUAUACACCCAUUACAGAUUACACCGUUAAGUGUGAGGUGUCGGGCUGGGGUAGCAUAAGUGCAGGAGUACUACGUGGUCCGGGAUUUCUGAAGUGGGCUCCAUUCACCUUGAAGACACCCGAACAGUGUAAGAGACAGAGACUUGACAUCGCACCGAAUCAAGUAUGUGCAUACGAUCCAUUCAUGGAGCAUGGAAUAGCAAAGGGAGACAGUGGCAACCUACUUGUUUGCAACAAUAUCGCGGUUGCAAUCGUAUCAGAAAGUCCGAGGCGAAUUGGUAAUGGAUUUUUUCUUAUGAUUUUCCCUUAUCUGGGAUUCAUCAAUAAUGCAAUACGCUGCGUAGUAUAACCGACCAGCGAAUAAAAAAUAUUUCAUUUAAAAACAAAACAUCGUUUGGAUUUUAUGAAACAUUCGGCUUCAUUUUCCACGCAUUCCUUGUUUUUGAAUUUAUAGGGUAUAUCCUACAUUUCCCUGGAGCUUCUACGUCCUCCUGGUCUUAGCAGAAUGAGUCAAAUGACUUGCAUGCGUUAAAAGAAAAAAAAUUCAGGGUUGACGGUGGCAUCAUUCUUGACACAACAGUCAUGUAAUUCAUCAAGAAAUUUCGGUAAAAAAAUAUAACGCCCACCUCGUAACGUGCUUCAAAUUUCACAAGUGUUGGAUGGAGUCAAUUUACAAUUUAAAUUAUUUCAAAGUCAAAGUCAUAUUAGUAUUCAAUUUUGAAACGACAUUAUUGAAAAUACAAUAUCAAUUAAUAGUUAUUGUGGACGAACUUUUGAUUCUCUCAGUACGAGAAUUUUAAUAUCUGUCCAGUACUUUAAAUAGCUUUAAUUACCCUCUGUUGUGGAGUAUCGCUGCCAAAUGCGUUGUUUUCAUCCCAGGUGCGGCACACAUGUCGAACACCGUCGACCAUGGUUCAGGAUUCAAUAGAUAAGCUGGUAAGCAACUGGCCUGCGAAGUAAUAAGAGGGAUUGUAAUAUUUUUAAAUUGUAAAGCGCAAUGUUUUUGGAUUGUAAUAUUUUGAAUUAUUGUACAAAAUAUUAGAAUUUAAAAUUAACUAAAUUAUAUAAAUCGCGAUUUAUCAAGAUUGGGUGUAGAGGAACACGGGCAGUCUCGGUGGAUUUGGACUGACGGAUUCGACCACUCCGGAGCCUGACCAAACGCCCACGUUGGCCAGGGUUGCUAUGUAUCGUCGUUCGAUUAAUUAUAUGAAACUCCGGAUUGCUCAAAAAGUAGGGUUACUGAAGGGAUCCAUCUUGAUCCGUCCAAUCGUUGCUCUGUAUUUAUUUUUUUUUUUUUUCACUUGGGAGGUCAAUUUUAUCACAAAAAUUAGCCUCCCAAGUCAAAUUGUUCGAGCAAAACUGCGUCUAAAAGAUUGGCAUUUCAUCCCACGCUUCGCCCUCUAGAGCUCCAAUUUUUAUCGACAAAUUUCAUCGGGGCGUAAACUCCUCGGAAAUCGUCCUCGUGCCUUCAGCCAAUACAAUAAUGUGUUUACCCGGAUUUCCUAGUUUUUUGUUAAUUUGUAGGGAACAACGAAACGGAAAUCUACAGAUCUGUGAUUAUGUGAUCUGUGAGCAAGAGAGUUCGACCCCAUAUGUCUAAAACUCUACACUUGAUCUUUGAGUGUUUCUCGAAUUAAGAAAAAAUUCGUCGACCAUAAUAUUACUGGUAAUAAUGUACAAUAGACAUGAAAAUUACUCGGUGGGGAAUGAAAAAUAGCAUUUGUUGUGAUCAAGGUGGAGUCGAACACGUGCACUCCCCGCGUGUUUUUUUUUCGUAGAUCAAUUGUUUCAGGCUAGCUCCCUCCUCAGUCACCUGACGCACAGUUUUGGCAGCUAUUUUGUACAAUCUGGGAACUGGAAUUGAGUGAACGAAACCCUUGGACAUGUUAUUACAUAUCUUUCUCCCAGUGGAAUGUUAAUUGUUUUGACAUACGUGAACAAAUACAAAUACUCUUUAUUUGAAGUUAGGGUGCUUUUCAAUGGCGAUGGUACAUUAGGUCGUUACCUUACCUGCUCUAUUUCCAUCGACCCCAGAUAACCAGAUGCUCGCGACCUGCUUUACUGACAGGAAUCCUUCACAAUUGGAGAAAAACUCUCGUCGAUCGUCAUGCUCAAUUUUGAAGGGUCCAAAAGCCAGGAAUCCGCUAGAAUCUCUGGAAACUGCAUCCUCAUCAACUGAAACUACACCGUCCAGAUUAAAGAGAAGAGUUAGCUUUGCUGAGAAAAAACAUGUCAAAGAAUUUUGUGACUUUAUGGAGCAAGGAACAGUUUGGGAUAACACAUACGAGGAGAGUGAUACAUCCCACAUGACCCGAAGUCAGCACGACGAAAAUCACCCACCACUGACUAACCCAGCGCAUCCGCCACCGCUCCAGUCAGCGCCCGUACCCUUCGCUCCCUCCGUUCUGGAUGACUCUAACUCCUCCCUAAUCUUCGAACACCCGAGGACGCCAGUGUUGGAACUAAACUUCGUUGGUCCCCACAUCAUCAACCGGCAUCCCGAGCUCCUUCUCGACAAAGAAAACAUUGCGAUUAAUUCCAUCGCCUGCUUAUCAGAAGCGACAAAUGAAAUGAUUCCCCUGUCGCAACGGUCUCAGAGGAUACCCCCCAGUUCGCCUAAAUUCACGAUUUACUGCGAUGACGAAAACUCUCCUCCAGCACGAAAACCCGAAAAGCCUUCAGUCAAUAAAUCAGAAAAUCGGACAUUGACUCUGACUGACUCUCGAUGCCUUGACUUCACUGACGAUGAGCCUGAACCGGCAGAAACCAUUCCCUCACCACUUACCCAAUGUAACAGGAGGGCUUCUGAUGGAAUGGAGAUAACAGAAGCCCUGUCAUCAGUGCUGUCAGGCAUGGAAGCAAGGAAUAAGACUGACAAUAGGGCAGUAUUAGCACCGAAAUCCAUAUGGAGUAUACUACACGAUGAAGAAGGUAGUAAAGCAUUAGAAUCUUCAUCAGUAAACAUGAGAGGUAAUGAACGAAUUCCCUCGAUCGACAACCGUGUGUUAGAAUCCGAUAAUUGGAAGUCAUCAAUUUUCCCACGAUCAGAAGUCGAAGAAAAAACUCAGUUUUUGCAUGAUGCAGUGGAUAUCACUGGCCACAUUCCAUCAGUCUUAAGUCCGCCUAAAACCAUCACAGAUGCUCUGAACUAUGAUGGAAUGGAAAUGACAGAAGCAAUAAUGCCGUCUUAUUCACCCACUGGAGACAACUUAGACAGAAGUGAAAUGGAACUGACGAAGGCAAUCAAUCGACUGCAACCGAUAAGCGAACCUGAAGAGAGAACCCAAUUCUUCAAUCAGGGAGGCAUGGAGAUGACGGAAGCAAUCAAUCGUCUACAGCCGAUAAGCGAACCUGAAGAGAGAACUCAAUUCUUUAAUCAGGGAGGCAUGGAGAUAACGGAAGCAAUCAAUCGUCUACAACCGAUGAGCGAUCCUGAAGAGAGAACUCAAUUCUUCAAUCAGGGAGGCAUGGAGAUGACGGAAGCAAUCAAUCGUCUACAGCCGAUGAGCGAACCUGAAGAGAGAACUCAAUUCUUCAAUCAGGGAGGCAUGGAGAUGACGGAAGCAAUCAAUCGUCUACAGCCGAUGAGCGAUCCUGAAGAGAGAACUCAAUUCUUUGUUCAGGGAGGCAUGGAAAUGACGGAAGCAAUCAAUCGUCUACAGCCGAUAGGCGAACCUGAAGAGAGAACUCAAUUCUUCAAUCACAGAGGCAUGGAGAUGACGGAAGCAAUCAAUCGUCUACAACCGAUAAGCGAACCUGAAGACAGAACCCGAGUAUUUAAUCACGGAGACAUGGAGAUGACAGAAGCAGUCAAUCAUCUGCAGCCAUCAGACGAACUUGAAGACAGAGCUCAGUUCUUUAAUCCUGGGGACAUGGUGAGGAUGGAAGCAAUUAAUCGCCUAUCUGCCACAGAAAAACCUGAAGACAGGACACAAUAUUUUAAUCGAGGAGACAUGGAGAUUACAGAAGUAAUUAAUCAUCUGCCGUCGGUAAAUCCACCUGAAGACAGCACCCAAUUCUUUAAUCAAAGAGACAUGGAAAUGACGGAAGCCAUCAAUUGUCUCCCGUCGACAGACGAACCUGAAAAGAGAACUCAAUCCCUCCAUCGUCCACCCGCACAACUCGGGAACUCCCUGAUGAAGUUAACGGAAACCAUUCCAUCGUUGAAACGUUCCUACGGUAGCAUCUCCACAAAGGAUAAUGGAGAUUCACCUACCUCUAGUCCUCGACCAAAAUCUUCAAAAGACUACGCUUCAUUUCCACAAGAGGCUCCUUCGAUGCAGGACCGAAAGGCCCUCCAUCAUCUGCUUCACCCAGAUUCACCUGAAUUAUCUCGCCCGCAAUUGAAAAAUCUAUCACCGAAGUGCACUGUUGCACAAUCUGGUAUGCAAUCACCGAGGAAUUAUUCCGAAGACCUCCAUCGUCUACAAUCAGAAACCAACUGUCCUCAGUUUUUGAAGCACAAUCAUCGUAAAAGCUCCAUCAGUAGCUGCCACCCAAUAUCUGGUGAAGAGCCUGUCGAACAAAGCAGAAAUGUUUUUCAUUCUCUUCCCACGGAGCCUGAUGGUAAAUCCUUCCCACCGAACCUUGUUAACCAAUCGAUGGAGUUGACCUGCCACGUGGUACCUCGUAAACUCGAUCAUUUGGGGGCCAGUUGUCAAGAUAACUCCAUGGAAAUUACUGAAUGCUGCCUUCCGGUAUCUGGUAGACGAACUAGACUCAACGAUGUGAAUAUGCCUGAAGAAGUGACCACGCAAACUCCCGUAGUGCCUUAUCCGUCUGACUUCGAUGGAAUCGACUCUUCAGACUCAUUCAAGGAGAAUCGAACACCUCCUGGGGAGCAUCCAAAGGUGCAUCCAGUGGCGAGACCGUUGUUUAAAAUGCAAGACGAAGACAUAAGUGAUAGCACGCCAACUCCAUUAGAAGUCUUUGAGGAUUUUACCGACAAUAUCAGAUUGAGAUCUGCGAUUGAUGGACAAAAUCUCGGAGACGUGACAUUAGAAUUGACGGGGGCUAUCUCGAAACCUCUGGAGGACAUCGAGCCACCAUCUUUCAUGUUUGCAGACAGUGUUAGCGAUGAGAACAGUCUGUCAAAGAUGGGUGUCUACAAGAGUGAUGAAGGAGAGUCUUUAAGAAGUCAAGGGCCCAGGAGACGUGCUGAAGAAGAGGUUCCAUGCGAAGAUCAAGCAAUUGGGGUUGAGGAUCAACAACUUACGUGUGAUUUGCGUGCUGUGCCGAUACCAGAGACAGAGUUCACAGAGGAAAUCUGCAAUUUUGAGAUGAGGAGGAGGACUCGAGAGCUUCAGAACAACGAAGAGAACAUCGCGGCGAAGCGGAGGACCUACAAUAUCCCAGAAGAAAGUCGUCUGCAGAUAUCGACUACUCUUGAGACUGAGGUGUCUGCUGUUGAUCGCAGGAGGACUCACCUAAUCAGCAGGCAUGAGGAAAGGCAAGAAGUGACUCAACGGAUGGAGAAAUCCAAAACGUACGUCAUCACCGAUGAAUCAUCAAGUAAAUAUGUGGAAGUUGAUGGUCAUGUAACAGUUGAGGUGUUCAAUAAGAAUACUGUUAUUAAUUAUCAGUCUGAUAUGGAUGAGGGAGAAGGACAAACAUAUGAUACUGGGGAGAUUAAAAAUGAUGUUUUGAACAAAAGAGAAUGGUUCCGGUCGGAUAAUUAUCGGGUCAGUAUUGUAGAUGAUGAGGUGAAUGUGGAAUUUGAUAUUAGAGAGAGAGAAACCUCUUCGAUUCCAUGUACUGGUAGGAGGGAUGAAGCAGGAGAGGAACUUGAUGAAGGGAACAAAAAUAGGGAUGAGCCAAUUUUAGACAAAUCUGAUUCCAGUCGAGAGCAGUUUACAAAGGAAGGAGUGGGUAUUCCUGAGGAAUUGUCUCGGCGUGGUCAGAUCGUACGAGAACAUGAUGCUCUGGUGAAAGCUAUGAAAAAUUCGAGGAAAGUGGAGGAAAUGAUUCGUCAAAAAAUGGCAAAGAUGCAAGAUAAAUCCGUGGAACCUUCUCCGGAGAUACUUGCUCAUGAUAGCCAGAUGGAACAUAGUAAAGUUGCAUUGGAUGCAUUCGAGACGAUGAAACAGAGUUUACAGGAACGGGCUUCUGGGGAUUGCCUGUGGAUACCGAGAAGAAUUUCAAAAGAUAGAGUUUUUGUGGAGUUUAAGAAGACAGGAUUUACCUUUGGUGUAACAUUCAUUGUUCCUGAAGAUGAAGGUGGAAUGGAAAGAAUUAAGAAUAUUUAUAAGUUGCCUAGAUUAGCUGGGACUGAGUCAUCGAUUCUCAAAAUGACAGAUCGACUGAUUCAGGAUAGGAUCAAUACUGAUGAACUGAAGAAGCAGUUCAGGACUUACGAUGAUGUUUUACCACUCAUUGAAGCCGUUACUGAAGAUAUCAGGUUUAUUUACGCUUUUUACAACGAAUUGAAGCGAAUGUAUCGGUCAAAUAAAAUGGAAAUUACGUUGGAGAGAGUGUCCUUCCUCGUGAUGACAAAAUCGGGAAAUACCAUUCUUGAGGUGUCCAUCAGUAUCAAAUCCUUCAAUGCUAUUACACCGGAGGACAUCGAUGUUAAGUGUUUUCUUGGCACUGUGAGGAAAUCUGAUAUCAAGAAUCUCAUAAAAAAUGUGAAGAGAAAUCAUAAAUUUAUCACUAUGUACAAAAAUGAUGUUAGCGAUUACAUUGAGCUGAUGGAGGCGGCGUCGAUGAAGAACUUGGGAGAAUGAUUUUAGAGUUCAUUAAUAUUAAUGUAAUUUGUUAUCAGAAUAGACAUGGGCAGAAUACUAGACCGAACGAUAGAGGUCUGAAUUACGAUUAAGAGAAUUAUAUUAGUAUAAAACCCUGAUAUUUUAAUACUGUUUAAUGCCAUAGACGUUGUCGAAUCGUCGACGUGUUUUUAAAAUUAGUAUUACAUUCCGCUGAAUUAAAUCAGAGGGUCAUAUUCAAAGGGUAAUUUUGAAUGUCAUACCAGUGUUCCAUGGGAAAUAUCGAGUUGAUAGUAAUUUUAUUUUCAAAAUCAUCGGGCGAAUCAUUUCAGAGUUAUUCAGUUCCAUUGCUCAUAUAAAAGGAAUUAUUGAUCAUUUAUAACAAUAAAAAUAUAGUUUUCAUAGAUUGAAAGAGUUUUAUAUAACAAGAUAAUAAAAUGUGAUGCCAAAAUGAUUGAAAAAAAGAAAUAAACUCGUUGUGUAAUAAAAUGUUACGUUAUUUGUA